GUUUUGUUGAGAAAAGUUUGGAAGUCUACUUUGUUUCGUAGUCACAUGAUAUAACCGCAACUGGUCAAAGUUAACAAACUUCCUCCAAACUCCAGGAAAGAGCAUCUCUCCUACCCUGGACGAGACAUGAAUUCCGAAGAAGGUGCCAAGACGCGGAGCAGGACCUUGGAGUUGACAAAAUCACCAAUACGCUCUCUCCGAUCUACAACAAAUUCACCAGUUGUUGGUAGUGGAAAACGAAAACUUAAGGUGGAUUCUCCUGUUGAUCAGCGAUCGCCUCGAGCGACAACACGUGGACUUACUGUUAAAAAGAAGGAUGAUGAAAUUGUAAGUACUGAUUCUAAAACUCCCCGAGGGCGCAUAGCAGAAAAAAAAGACACUUGUGGAAACAAACCAAUCUCAAAAGAGGACAACUCUGAAAUGAGUAAGGAAUCUCUGAUAAGUGAAUUAGAAGACAGACGACUCCGGACACGAGCUAAAGGCCCGCCAGAACCAGUGCAGGAAAUUUCCGGCUGCCCUACCCCUGGCUGUAAUGGUUGUGGCCACAUCAGUGGAAAGCACCUCAAACAUCGGAGUGUGUAUGGGUGCCCGUUGGCUGCUAAGAAACGAAAAAUCCCGCAAGACUUCAAUGAACCACCUCGUAAACUGAAACGGUUACCAAAGAAACCAGGUCAAUGCACUGAAGAUGAGGACAGUUUGGCUGAGGUUUUGAACGGAAGUGAUGCAGAAGAGAUAAACUCUACCAGUGAUGUGUCGUCACUGCCAGAUGAGGACGUACAGGUAAAGUGUAGCCGACGAGCGAUCGUGAAUCUCCAGAAGCUCAUUGACAAUGUUACGGCCGAAAUUGACCAAACUAAGCAGGCUGAAACUGGUGACCAGGACGAGGAGAACAGUGACAGCAAAGAGGAUGACAGCGAGGAGUCUGAAGACGCAGAAAUGGAAGGAUGCGAUCCGCCAACCCUGCAUAAGGAAUUAGCCUUUCUCAAUCAGGAGACAGAACUCUUAGAGGAGGAAGAAGCGCCCUCAUUGGAUGUUGCUAUGAAAAAUGAAAACUGUCAGGUCAAAGCUCAAGCUACACAAAAUGAUAACAAGGAAAACAUAGAGGAAGAACAAGAUGACAAGAAAGACGAUAAAGAUGAAAUAGAAGAUUCCGAGAUUCUUGGAGAUGACGAACCAAAACUAGUUAUUGAUGAAAAUCUUGAGGAGGAAGAUACCAAAGAAGACUUAGUUGGGGAAUGUGUUGGGGAGGAAAAUGGAGCAGAUACAGUUGCCAAGACGGAAAAUAUUGUCGUGAAAGAGAAGAUGGGGGUUGACGUGCUCAAAGAAUUGGCAGAGCAGACAUCUGAACAAACUUCUGAAGAAACCAUAGCGACUCUCAUCAAAGAAGAACCUGCUAGUUGCCAUGAUGGUGACAGUGACAAGGAUGCUGAGAAAGAGAACCAGUGUGAAACUGGUAGUAGUGAGGACGAUGAGACUGCAGAGGUUGCCGUAGCAGCACUGGAGCAACUGAAAGAAAAUAUUGUAUGCUUGAAUGAGGGUGUUAUACCAACUGUUGAUACCACUACAGUUACAAGUUCCACCAUGGAUACGCAAACCACCACGGUCGCCACGACAAAUUUAAUCGCUGCUGUUAAAGUGGAAGCUGAUGAUCCUGAUGUGAUUGCGUCGAUAAUAAAUGAAGUGAAACAGACGCCUUUACAAGUACUGUCAAGUACCUCUGCUGCAGCCACCAGUCUGAUUAACGGUACUUUCACUACUCUUAAUAAGCCAGUCAGUUUGUCAUCUCUGGUUAACUCUUCAAUCGGUUCAUCUAUAACAUCAACCCAUUCAGUGACCAACAUCAAUAAUAACAACACUACUUUCACAAAACCAGUUGAUGGAAUGAUGACUCCAAACAAGAUACCUACUCAUCAGUUACCACCUCCCCCCAUGUCUGAAGGGAAAGAAAGCAAAUGCCCCACUCCUGGUUGUAAUGGGCUUGGUCAUGUGACCGGACUAUAUUCUCACCACAGAAGUUUAUCUGGCUGUCCUCAUAAGGACAAAAUACCCCCUGAGUUGUUGGCGCAACAUGAUCAUGUUUUAAAAUGUCCCACUCCAGGUUGUACUGGUAGAGGCCAUGUAAACAGUAACAGAAACUCUCACAGAAGUUUAUCGGGUUGUCCGAUCGCAGCUGCUGAGAAGACAAAAAAUACGGCCAGUAGUUUACUCGCACAACAACGGCAGAUGUCUGAUAGAGUACUGAGUGGUGUGUGUUUAGUUCAGUGGAAACUCAGUGAUGGUACACCAGACACAGCACAACAGUCUUCUAUUAGACCUGUUUGCUUUGUGAAGAAGCUUGAUAUACCAUCCUCUGGGUAUGCUCCAAUGGUAAGCGCUACCACUCCACGAACCAACCUGGCAAAGGAGCUCGAGAAGUACUCGCGAACAACGCUGGAAUAUGUCCCCAUUACUGUGCAGGAGACCACUACUACGACAGUGACCUCUUCACAACAGCCGGCCGUACAGCAGAGCCCGCAGAGCUACCCGAGAAUUGCACCGAAAAUACUGACACCUGAUGCACAGAAGAAACUAUAUAAACCAACACCGUUGUGCGUUACCACCAAUGGCGAUCAUGAAUACCGUAUCGAUUCUACUGUAGCGAAAUUGGCGGCAAGUGCCGUGAACUUAUCGACAAAGCAGUCAUCGACGACUUCUACAACAUUGAACACACCGAAUACUUAUAACAGUAUUCAGAGCAGCAACAGUACUAUAAGUGAGACUACAACAACAGUCAACAACAUGGAAUUGUCAAUCAGCCCGUCGUCGCUGCCGAUGGUAAACGGCACAUCUCCAGUUAGCGACAGUAUGAAAGUGGAUAGUUAUGGAACUCUCGAUCUGAGCAUGAAAUCAUUUCCUAGCCCGGGUAAUUCUAUGAUCACUGUUUCCAAAACGGUAACCACGUCACAGUAUACGCAGCAAACAAUCAAGAACGAACCAAUCACAUUUGACCAAGUCGUCAACUUCUCUACUACAACAAACUCCUCCAAAAUCAAAAUCACAGACGUAAGGUCCUUAGAUGAAAAUCCAGGUCUGUUGAUGAGACCAGAUUCACCAGCGCCUUUAUCGCCUAAACCUAAAAAACCUAAAUGCAUAAUUGACGGCAAAGUUCGCGAACUUAUCAGCUGCCCUACUCCAGGUUGUGAUGGCUCCGGUCAUGUCACUGGCAAUUACGCAUCACACAGAAGCUUAUCAGGAUGUCCAAAUGCAGACAAAAGUAUGAUUAUUCAAGGAUCUCAAGAACUUAGAUGCCCAACACCAGGUUGCGACGGAUCUGGCCAUGUAACUGGCAAUUAUUCAUCACAUCGCAGUCUUUCUGGAUGUCCACGGGCCAAGAAAAAUAAAAUUAUGAUUUCACCGAGAAAGGAAGGCGACACACCAAUGCCUUGUAUAAUGCCGUUAAAAGAGGAGGAACCACUCAAGUGUCCACUCCCGAUGUGUGAUGGUUCAGGUCAUGUGACCGGCAAGUUUGCAACCCAUCGUAGUGCGUCAGGAUGUCCAUUAGCGGCUAAAUGUAAUCUAACAUUCAAAACAACACUACCAUCAACCGCAGACACUUCAACAAGUUGGCGACCAAUCAAAAUGGACGGUUUAACUUUUGGGAUGAUGAACAAUCAAGUAUUGGGAUGUCCUACUCCAGGCUGUGAUGGAUCUGGGCAUUCCAAUGGUAGUUUUCUAACUCAUCGAAGUCUGUCUGGGUGUCCUAGAGCCACCAAUGCUAUGAAGAAAGCCAAGUUGAAUGGUGAAGAAAUGAGUACAAUAACUCGGAAAGCUGUAAAUGGUAUCGAAAAUGACGAAGACAUUAAGGCUCUAGAAUCGGAAAUUGCUGAGUUACAAAAUCACAAUUCGUUGAUGGAAUCACAGAUGAUAAAACUACGAACACAGAUCACAGGCAUGGAAAACCAACUACGUUUCACUGAAAAAGAAAGUAAGACUAUUGAAGAUAAGACUUGUGUCUUAGACGAAUAUUUAUUGGGACUGAAGAAAUCUCUAAUCGAGCAAUUAUCUGAUGUUAAAUUGCCGGUAACCGAGGAGACGCCAUCUGAUGAGAACUUUGAAAACUAUAUUUCCAUGUUGAAGAGUUUGUGCCUCGAUAACUACUCGGCAGAAAAUAGUGUCUUGUUUAAUGCUAUCAAGACCGCUCUCUCUGACGUUGACAUACCGCCAUUGCUUGUAACAUUGUGAGGUGUUGUGUUGUCGAAGCUGGAUUCGAAUCAGUCACAUUUUUUCUAACUCCCAGUUAAAAUUAAACUCUUGAAGCUUUUGUAUUAAAAAUGUUGCCAAAUAUAGCCAUUAGUUUGGUGGUGAUAGGUCGGUUAUAUAUACUGCUGAUUUAUUUGUUAUUUGUGCUGUUUUUGUUUAGGUGUUGAAACUUACAAUCAAGAAUUUACUAUUUUCUACUUCAUCUGUGUUUCAUUCUCACUCCCCAAGGCAAAAAAAAAUCUAACAGGCUAAAAAAAAAAGAUGCGUUUCUGAUCUGGCAUUGUUUCUUAUGGUUUUUUUUUUCCUUUUUUCUGUCAGUUUGACAAAAACUAGAAAGAAAUAGUUGCUGAUCAGAAAAAAUCUUUUUUUUUCCUCCCCUCAUUCACAGUAUUUUGGAAGGUGUUCACUUUUUGCAUUGCAUCAUGGGAAAACUGCAAACAGCAUUUAAACCACGAACAGCAAAUUUUGAAAAUAUGAAUUCAUUCAUACAUGACAUGGUUUGAUUUGUUGAAAGAACUUGUUAUCAAAUAAGCUGCUUUCUGAUUGGCUUAACUGUCAGUUGUUAGGGUUGAGUGACCAAUCAGACAGUCUUAUAGGUCACUUUGACUGCACUCACAUUAUAGACCAUUAUUUGUUCCCCGUGUAUUGACCAGCAAAAUAAGAUAUAUUGUAGUAAUGUAUAAAUCUAGAAGUAAAAAUAAUUGUGAUCAACGCUGAAUCGAAUGAAUACUUUUAAUCUGACAAACCAGGGCUCAAAAUUAACAAAAUUUCUGCUAGGCUACCAGUUUUAAAAUUUUCCUGUUUGGUGGUAAUAUUUUUGGAGCUGUGCAGAAAAAUGAAUACAAAAUGAAUUUACUAAUAUUUUGUAAAAUUUCUCCCAGACUAUAAUUAUUGAAACCCAGAGCCCUUUGGCAAGAAUUGGUAGUCUGUGUGCCAUGACUUGAUCUUACAAUCAAAUCUUGCAAACUUGUAUUUGAAAGCUUGUGAGAUUAUUAACUGCAUCUGUGUCUGAUACUACCCUGAUUAAUGGUUUCCGCUUAGGAAUAUAUUUUGUUAAAUUUUUACAGAUUGCGAGUAACCAGAAAUUAAAGUUGUGCUGCAAACCACUACAAUUUUGCAGGUUUACAAAACAAAAAAAAACGUGAUGCCUUGUAGCUUGUAGUAGUGAAUAAUUCGCUAGGAACCUUAAAACAAGGAGUCACAAUAACUUUCAGUGAAUGUUGUUCUCAUGAACAUAGUUAAAAUUUGUAACAGCAAAAAUGUUUACGGUAUGUUAGAUAAAUAGCGCCAUCUAGAGGCAGAAUUCUUCUAUAAAUUAAUUUGGAAAUAAUGUACUGUACAUGUAUGUAAUUUCAAAAAAAAUGUUUGAAUAUAUUUUGUAUUAUUUAUUUAUUAAAUGGGACCAGUGCAAAUAUCGAUCACUGCCAAUGAUUUUAUUAAUCAAUAACAAAAUCAUGCGGUUUUAAAAAAAAAUGAAAUGUUGUUCAUUAGCUUUAUAUAAAUUGUAACAACCUUUUGCGCCGGAUUUGAAAAAAAAAAGUAUGUUUCACUUGGCAUGAGAACAUUUUGUUGUGUAUUUUAAAUUACCAUGGUAACACAAUCAAGUUUUGUUACAUAUUGAAUGUAUUUAUGGAUAGGUUUUGUGGAAAUUGUUAUAAUAUUUAAUAUUGACUCACCCCUUUGUCUAAAUGGUAUGCUCCUAAGGAAACUAGUACCUGGUAACUGUUGCUAGGAGCCCCCUAUAUUGGCUUGUAGCAUGUUCACCUCUAAGGAAAUAAUUCUUUAUUUAUUUUGAUGUUUUGUGCUGUUUUUUUAUGACUUUUAAAUUAUUUUAUACCAGGGACCCCAUUAAAUGAUUCUAUUUAUUUUAUUACCCAUAAUUCAUCUGAAUUAUGAUUUUUUGAAUUGACAAAACAAAAAUAUUAUUUAUUAUUCCAUAUACUGUGUACUGAUCAAAAAAUAGUAAUUUUGUAUCAAGUGAAAGCACAAAAAUGUUCGGGAAUGGUUUUUACAAGAUAGAUAGAUAGAAAGAAAUGGAUUUAUGAAAUGUCUGUAGUCUACUUGUACAGUUUGGCUUUUAGUCAUGCUUUCAAAUCAUUAGGUUGUGUAAUGUUUACAAUUUUGGAUCCAGCAAAAAAUGAAAAAGAAAAUUGGUGAACAGUUUUGACAGGAAAAUAGCAGUGAUUUAGGUUACUGUAGACGGACAUUAUUACUUGAGAGAAUGUGGUGCGAUUUAGAAAUUGGUUGUAUGAACAUUUUCCGAUGUUAAAGUAAAUGUAUUUUAUCAUAACAAGUGUGAACUUUGUCCUGUGUUAUGUUGUUCCACAUAUUUUACACUUGCAGAUUUGUUAUGCUUUGUAAUUCAAUUUUGUGCAAUACUUUCUGGUUUGGUUGUGAUUUUUAAUUUUUUUUUUUUUUUUUUACAGCCACAGUUUGGUCAGGUUUCCAAAACACUGCCAUUUUGACUAUAAUUUAAUGUCAGGUGAAUGAUGCACUCUGGGAGUGUUUUGUUUUCAGAUUAUUUAAAAACAUACAACCCACCAAAUGACUGGAAAUCUGCUUUUGUCUCAAUGCAUUGUGGGUAUUAUAACCUUCAUUUGCAUUGUGGGUAUUUGAUAUCAUGGUAUCCUGACCAGGCUUUAUGUAUCAUAUUUUAAUAUGCCUUGUGCAUAAUAAAGGUCAGACAUCCUGGUGUUUGGGGGGGGGGGCUGCUAUUUUUCCAUGAGAAAUUCUCAAUUUUUUAAAAAUUCAAGCUAUUGACAGUAAAGUUCAAAACCAAAAAUGUCAAACAUUGAAGGUGAUCUUCAAAUUGCAACAACAGUACCCAGGGUGAUUGACCUUUAGCGCUCGUGUACAAGGCCUGUUAUAGUUUUUGUGACCAAAGAGGCUUGGACGAUUUAAUUCUAUUUAUUGUCUUCUAUAUGUCAAGAAAUAAAAAAACAUUUUGUGGAAA